UCCUAACUCUUUGCUAAGCACAAUCCUACAUCUUGGUUCUCGCACGUGGCAAGUCCACCCCCAGCCUUGAGCGCGAUGCCCCGCUCGCCUCGUUGCCGGGCUGUGCGCGCUCUGCUACGCAGCCGAUACCGCGAGGUGUGGCCGCUGGCGACCUUCGUGCGGCGCCGGGGGCCAGAGGGCUGGAGGCUUGUGCAACCUGGAGACCCAAACGCCUUCCGCACUUUGGUUGCUCAGUGCCUAGUGUGCGUGCCGUGGGGGUCACAGCCUCCACCUGCUGGCCUUUCCUUCCACCAGGUGUCAUCCCUAAAGGAGCUGGUGGCCAGGGUCGUGCAGAGACUCUGCGAGCGCGGCGAGAGGAACGUGCUGGCUUUUGGCUUCGCUCUACUAAACGGGGACCAAGGAGGGCCUCCCAUGGCCUUCACCACCAGCGUGCGUAGCCACUCGUCCAACACGGUUACUGAGACUGUGCGCGUCAGUAGAGCAUGGAUGCUUCUGCUGAGCCGAGUGGGCGACGACCUGCUAGCUUACCUGCUGAUGCGCUGCGCCCUGUACGUGCUAGUGCCCCCCAGCUGUGCCUACCAGGUGUGCGGGUCACCCUUGUACCAAAUUUGUGCCACUGCAGAUACCGGGCCCUCUGUCCCACCCAGCUACUGGCCCACGCGACCCGUGGGCGGGAAUUUCACUAACCUUCAGUCCACACACCGAAUCAAGAACAGCAGUCACCACGAAGCGCGGAAACCCUUGGCCUCGCCAUCUCGUGGUGCGAAGCGGCGUCCGAGCCUCACCGAUAGAGGUGUGACUUCAGCCAAGAAGGCCAGGUGCGAUCCUGCCUUGAGACUGGAGAAAGGACCCGACAGACAGGCGGUUCCAGCCCCAUCAAGCAAAACAUUUGUGCCAAAACCUGCCAGAUACACUGUGGUGCCUACUAGAAGAGCUACCGAGGAAAAUUUGCCUUCGAAAGGAAAGGCUUCGGGUCUGAGCCACUCCCAGUCGCUGCGCUGUACACACAAGCCCAGCUCCACAUCCCUGCAGUUGCCACCAUGUCAAGAUGCCUUUCAGCUCAGACCGUUUACUGAGGCCAAACGCUAUCUCUACUCCAUGGGAGGUGGCCAAGAGCGGCUGAACCCCUCGUUUCUACUCAACAACCUCCAGCCUAGCUUGACAGGGGCCAGGAGGCUGGUGGAGAUUAUCUUUCUAGGCUUGAGGCCUAGGACAUCAGGACCACUCUGCAGACCACGCCGCCUACCCCGGCGCUACUGGCAGAUGAGGCCCCUAUUCCAGCAGCUGCUUCUGAACCAUGCAAAAUGCCCAUAUGUCAAACUCCUAAGGUCACAUUGCAGGCUUCGGACAGCAACCCACCAGGUGGCAGAUGCCUUGAACACCACCAGCCCACCUCACCUCAUGAAUUUGCUCCGCCUACACAGCAGUCCCUGGCAAGUAUACGGUUUUCUGCGGGCCUGUCUCCAUAAGCUGGUGCCUGCUGGUCUCUGGGGUACCAGGCACAAUGAGCGCCGCUUCUUUAAGAAAGUGAAGCAAUUCAUUUCCUUGGGGAAAUACUCAAAGCUCUCACUGCAGGAGCUGAUGUGGAAGAUGAAAGCAGAGGACUGCACCUGGCUUCGCAGCAGCCCAGGUGAGCAGAACAGCUGUGUCCCGGCUGCAGAGCACCGUCUGAGGGAGAGGAUCCUGGCUAUGUUCCUGUUCUGGCUGCUGGACACGUAUGUGGUAGAGCUGCUCAGGUCGUUCUUUUACGUCACAGAGACCACAUUCCAGAAGAACCGGCUCUUCUUCUACCGUAAGAGUGUGUGGAGCAAGCUACAGAGUGCUGGAGUCAGGCAACACCUUGAGAGAAUGCAGCUGCGGGAGCUGUCGCAAGAGGAGGUGAGGCAGCGCCAGGAAGCCUGGCCAGCCAUGCCCAUCUGCAGACUGCGCUUCAUCCCCAAGCCCAGUGGUCUCCGGCCCAUUGUGAACAUGAGUUACAGCAUGGGCACCAGAGCUCUUGGCAAAAAGAAGCAGGCCCAGAAUUUCACCCAGCGUCUCAAGACUCUAUUCAGUGUGCUCAACUACGAACGAACAAAGCAUCCUCACCUUAUGGGAGCUUCUGUCCUGGGCAUGAAUGACAUCCACGAGACCUGGCGGACCUUCGUGCUGCAUGUGCGCAACCUGGACCCGGCACCCAGGAUGUACUUUGUUAAGGCGGAUGUCACUGGGGCCUAUGAUGCCAUCCCCCAGGACAAGCUUGUGGAGGUUGUUGCCAACAUGAUCAGACACUCAGAGGGCACAUACUGUAUCCGGCAAUAUGCGGUGGUCCAGAGAGAUAGCCAAGGACAAAUCCACAGGUCUUUUAAGAGACAGGUCUCCACCCUCUCUGACCUCCAGCCAUACAUGGGCCAGUUCGUGAAGCAUCUGCAGGCUCAAGAUGCCAGUGCACUGAGGAACUCCGUCGUCGUUGAGCAGAGCAUCUCUCUGCAUGAGACCAACAGCAGCCUGUUUGACUUCUUCCUGCACUUUGUUCGAAACAGUGUUGUAAAGAUUGGUGGCAGGUGCUAUGUCCAGUGCCAGGGUAUCCCCCAGGGCUCCAUCCUGUCCACCCUGCUCUGCAGUCUGUGCUUCGGAGACAUGGAGAACAAGCUGUUUGCCGAGGUGCAGCAGGAUGGGCUGCUUUUACGGUUUGUUGAUGACUUCCUGUUGGUGACACCUCACCUGGUCCAGGCAAAAGCCUUCCUCAGGGCCCUGGUCCGUGGCAUUCCUGAGUACGGCUGCAUGAUCAACUUGCAGAAGACAAUGGUGAACUUCCCUGUGGAGACUGAUGCCCUGGGCGGUGCCGCUCCACACCAGCUGCCCGCUCACUGCCUGUUUCCCUGGUGUGGCUUGCUGCUGGACACUCGGACUUUGGAGGUGUUCUGUGACUACUCAGGGUACGCCCGGACGUCAAUUAAGACCAGCCUCACCUUCCAGCGCAUCUUCAAGGCUGGGAGGAACAUGCGACACAAGCUCUUGGCAGUUCUGCGGUUGAAGUGUCACAGUCUGUUUCUAGACUUGCAGGUGAACAGUCUUCAGACAGUCUGUAUCAAUGUGUACAAGAUCUUCCUGCUUCAGGCCUACAGGUUCCAUGCAUGUGUCCUUCAGCUUCCCUUUGACCAGACUGUCAGGAAGAACCCCGCCUUCUUUCUGGGCAUCAUCUCCAACAUAGCAUCCUACUGCUACUCCAAGCUGAAAGUCAAGAAUGCAGGAAUGACACUAAGGGCCAAGGGCGCCUCAGGCUCAUUUCCUCCUGAAGCUUCACGUUGGCUCUGCUACCAAGCCUUCCUGCUCAAGCUGACUGGUCAUUCUGUCAUUUACAAGUGUAUCCUGGGACCUCUUAGGACAGCCCUACAACAGCUGUGCCGGAAGCUCCCAAAGGCGACAAUAGCCAUCCUCAAGGCUGCAGCUGACCCAGCCCUAAGCACAGACUUUCAGACCAUUUUGGACUAAGCCUGCCCUCUUUGGCUGGAUGACCGUGGGCAUUGUAGCCCCACCACUCUUGGA